CAGACGUCAAUUCCGCCACCACUAAAUUGUUUGAGCUGAACGUCACACUCAAUCCGCUCGCCAUGUAUUCUGCUUCCGCGCAAAAAGCCAAGAGACGCACGCACGCACGUCCCGAGCUUACCGAUGAACAAAAACAAGAGAUAAAAGAGGCCUUUGAAUUGUUCGACACGGACAAGGAUGGCUCGCUGGAUUAUCACGAGCUCAAGGUCGCGAUGCGCGCCCUCGGCUUUGACAUGAAGAAAGCAGAGGUAUUGAAGAUACUACGAGACCAUGACAAGAGCGGUCAUGGUCUAAUUGACUUUGAGGAUUUUGCAAAAAUCAUGAGCGAACGGAUCCUGGCGCGAGAUCCGAUGGAUGAAAUCCGCCGAGCCUUCCAAUUGUUCGAUGAUGACAACACAGGAAAAAUUAGUCUACGGAAUCUUCGACGUGUUGCAAAAGAGAUCGGUGACCGAUUGGAAGAUGAUGAAUUGCAAGCGAUGAUAGAUGAAUUUGACCUCGACCAGGAUGGAGAGAUUAACGAACAAGAGUUUUUCGCCAUCAUGACAGAUGAUGCAUAGCUCUCUUCCCUGAUGGUUGUCAUCUCUUCCUAUUUUCUCGAGUUGUAUACUGUUAUACCGGCUCUGGCUGGUUAUUAUCUAUUAACUCCCAAUUGUUUAGUAAUAUAUUGCGAUCGUUCUCUGUCUGGAACAUUCACGAAUUUCGUCCUGUGAGUCAUUUUCUAACCAAGAAAGGCGCCCUCUUAUUCGUAAUAUAAACAGCUGUGCUAUGUUCAUUAGAAUCCCUCGUGUAAUUCUACAGCUACCGGUUGAUAUGUAAUACGCCGCUGAGUUAUGUCUACUCUAUGAAUCCUUGUGACGCGGCCCUGGUCCCCACUGCGAACCACGAU